UAUAAAAAGCCCAGCUCGAGGCUGCAGUGGGUUGGAAGGCAGUCAGACUGGGACCAUGGAGCUCAGCAUGCUCCUCCUCCUUGUUCUCCUCAUGGGACUCUUGCUUCUCCUGGUCAGGGGCCACCCAAAAGCCUAUGGCCACCUCCCACCAGGACCCCGUCCUCUGCCCUUCUUGGGGAACCUUCUGCAGAUGGACAGAAGAGGCCUACUCAAAUCCUUCCUAAAGCUUCAAGAGAAAUAUGGGGGUGUCUUCACGGUGUACCUGGGGCCAAGGCCUACAGUCAUGCUGUGUGGGACAGAAGCCAUCCGGGAGGCCCUGGUGGACCAAGCUGAAGCAUUCUCUGGCCGGGGGAAAAUCGCUGUCGUUGACCAAGUCUUCCAGGGAUAUGGUGUGGUCUUUGCCAAUGGGUGGAGUGGGGAAGGGAACAGCAGUAUCUUUGACCUUGUGACCCUCCCUCAGGGCACUGAAGUAUAUCCCAUCCUGAGCUCUGCUCUCCAUGACCCACGUUACUUUGAGAAACCAGACGCCUUCAACCCUGACCACUUUCUGGAUGCCAGUGGGGCACUGAAGAAGAAUGAAGCUUUUAUCCCCUUCUCCACAGGGAAACGCACUUGUCUUGGAGAAGGCAUCGCUCGCAGCGAAUUAUUCCUCUUCUUCACCACCAUCCUUCAGAACUUCUCCGUGGCCAGCCCUGUGGCCCCUGAAGACAUUGACCUCACACCUCGGGAAAGUGGAGCCCUCCAGGACCCCAUUUUCUUCUUCCAUGCCAUUACUGCCAACAUCAUCUGUUCCAUUGUCUUUGGAAAAUGCUUCUCCUGCAGAGAUGCCCAAUUCCUCUGGCUCCUGGACUUGUUUUACCAGUCGAAUGCGCUCAUCAAAUCCUUCUCCAGUCAGGUGUUCGAGCUCUUCUCUGACUUCCUGCAGCACUUUCCUGGCACACACAGGCAAGUCUACAAAAACCUGAUGGAAAUCAAAGCCUUCAUUGGCCACAGUGUGGAGGAGCACCGUGAAACCCUGGACCCAAGCAACCCCUGGGACUUCAUCGAUACCUACCUGCUCCACAUGGAUAAGGAGAAGUCCGACCCGAACAGUGAGUUCCACCAGCAGAAUCUCAUCCUCAGUGCACUCUCGCUUUUCUUCGCCAGCACUGAGACCAUUAGCACCACUCUCCGCUAUGGAUUCCUGAUCAUGCUCAAAUACCCUCACAUCACAGAGAGGGUCCACACGGAGAUUGAUCAGGUGAUUGGCUCACCACCACCUGCCCUCGAUAACUGAGCCAAAAUGCCAUACACUGAUGCAGUCAUCCAUGAGAUUCAGAGAUUCUCAGACCUCAUUCCCAUUGGCGUUCCCCAUGUGGUCACCAGAGACAUAGACACUCACUUCCGAGGGUGCAUCAUCCCCAAGGGCACUGAAGUACAUCCCAUCCUGAGCUCUGCUCUCCAUGACCCACGUUACUUUGAAAAACCAGAUGUAUUCAACCCUGACCACUUUCUGGAUGCCAAUGGAGCACUGAAGAAGAAUGAAGCUUUCAUCCCCUUCUCCAUAGGUAAGAAAACUGCAAUAGGAAAGAGGUUGGCUCACUUAGAGUUCUUCCUCUUCUUGACCUUGAUGCUGCAGAACAUCCCUUUGGUCUCUCCUAAGACCCCGGAAGACAUCAACCUAACAUCAAAGAAGAACAGGUUGGUGAAACUGACCCCUGUGUUCCAGCUCUGCUUCCUGCCCCACUGGGGAGGGGGAGAAGGGAUGAAGAUCCCCUCAGAGUCCUUGCAUCCAGCCUCGUCUCUGCCCACAAUGAAUCUGUGGAGGUCUCCUGACUCCUCCCUGUUCAUUCUACCCUGUGGGUUCCUGCUGGUGGUUGUGCUGCAUGGAAUUCAGAUUGUUGAGAAGAUGGUGAUGGAACAUCAAGGGAUUCUCUAA